AGAGAGAGAGAGAGAGAGAGAGAGAGAGAGAGAAGAGUGAUAUCUGCGCAAAUUUAGCCUUUGUUUCCUUCCUUCGACGAAGAAAUCGAGUCGCGGAGAGCAGCCGCGGUCGGAUUUCGAUCAAAGAUCGCACCUUUCCCUUCCUUUUUCUCAUUGAAGUUCGAGAUUUUGAUGGUUCCAAGCCGUUGGGUGGUCGCCCUUUUCCUUUGUUUUCGUCGUCGGAAACCCUAACAAGGUGUCGCCAAGGGCGGGGACGGUCAGCCGAUAAAGCCGCAGAAAGGGAUUUGGUGCCUCGCCGUACGACCGCACCGAUGGGUACUGUUGUGGGGUGAAGUGUAGAUCGAGGGUUGCAGGUACGAGUCGCUGCCACCGGCCCGUCUUUUGCUUUCGCUGCCAUUUAUUGGGUUUAGCUGUUGGGAAAGACUGGAUUUCGGCGCCGAUCCGAGGAAAGGCUGCGGAUCUUGGGUGAUAUCUCGCCUCAGCGCCUUUAAUCGAGCUCCGGAUGCCGAGAAAUCGCCCCUAGCUGCUUUCUUUUCCCAGGGAUUCUUGCAACCAAACGGCGAAACGACUCAGAUCCGAGUCGGCGACUCGGCCGCGUCCCGCUAAGGGAGGCCUUGCCUCGGAUCUCGAGGAAACCGGUAGUUCCGCAAUCCUUCCUAUUUUUAAAUCUCUUUCGCAGCGUGCUAGCUUUGGAGAACGAGAGGACGCAGCUGGGAAUUAUGGCCGCAGGGCUUAAAGAACUAAAAAGGACGAGAAAGAAAGAAGAUUCGGCAAUAUAAGAAGUGAAAGAGAAAGGAAAAAAAUUGAAAGGAAAAGAAAAGGUUCGAAGAAUCUUCAGAGGCAUCUCAUAAAGCCUUCAAUUAUUCGAGGCUUCACGCUCUUCUACUCGCUGCGCAUGCCACUGUAUCUGUUCAACGCUGGUCUCUGGUGUUGAGGUCUUUUAGGAGAUCUUCAAUCUCGAAAAGGCCCGGCCUUUCUUGUGCUUGCGGUUGUUGUGGUCUCGGCUUGAAUUCCCGAGCUUUUGGUGAUUAAAGUGGUGAUUUUGUUGGGGAUUUGAUGAAAGAGAUUGCUCCUUUUUGUUGCGAAUGUUAAAAAGGGAAAAAAAAGAUCACAGAUUUGGACUCUCUGCGACGUCUUGUAUCGUCCCUGAAAAGGGUGCUAAAUAACGGUGGAGAACCCUAGCCUUCGACUGCUGUUCCUUGAGAUAUGAUAGCUCUAACUUCUUGCGAGGAAGGGAAGAUGGGCAUCGUCGACCCAGGAAAGUAUGUCCGGUACACUCCGGAGCAGGUGGAAGCACUCGAGAGACUGUACCAUGAGUGCCCGAAGCCAAGCUCAAUGCGGCGGCAGCAGCUCAUUAGGGAGUGCCCCAUCCUGUCCAACAUCGAGCCCAAGCAGAUCAAGGUUUGGUUCCAGAACAGGAGGUGCCGUGAGAAACAGCGAAAGGAAGCAGCACGACUUCAGGCUGUGAACAGGAAGCUGACGGCAAUGAAUAAGCUUUUGAUGGAGGAAAAUGACAGGUUGCAGAAGCAGGUGUCUCAGAUGGUCGACGAGAAUGGUUACUUCCGUCAGCAGACGCAAAAUGCUGCCUUAACGACGACGAACACAAGCUGUGAGUCGGUGGUGACAAAUGGUCAGCAACAUUUGACACCUCAGCAUCCACCAAGGGAUGCUAGUCCUGCUGGACUAAUGUCCAUUGCAGAGGAAACUUUAACAGAGUUUCUGUCUAAGGCUACUGGGACUGCUAUUGAGUGGGUCCAAAUGCCUGGGAUGAAGCCUGGUCCAGAUUCCAUUGGAAUCGUUGCUAUCUCACAUGGUUGCACUGGUGUGGCGGCACGAGCUUGUGGCCUUGUAGGCCUUGAACCUACAAAGGUUGCAGAAAUCCUAAAAGAUCGGCUAUCGUGGUUUCGAGACUGUCGAUCUGUGGAGAUCAUUAAUGUACUGCCGACCGGCAGUAAUGGAACCAUUGAGCUUCUGUACAUGCAGGUUUAUGCACCGACAACACUGGCACCUGCUCGGGACUUCUGGUUGCUAAGAUAUACAUCAAUUCUUGAAGACAGAAGUCUCGUGGUUUGUGAAAGAUCACUCAAUAGCACGCUAGGUGGUCCAAGCAUGCCCACCGUGCAACCAUUCGUCAGGGCAGAAAUGCUGCCAAGUGGUUACUUGAUAAGACCAUGUGAAGGUGGUGGGUCUGUCAUUCACAUUGUUUAUCAUUUGGAUUUGGAGCCUUGGAGUGUGCCCGAAGUUCUAAGGCCACUAUAUGAAUCAUCUACGGUGCUUUCUCAGAAGACGACAAUGGUUGCUUUACGACAUCUAAGACAGAUUGCACAUGAAACUACUCAUUCUUCUGUAUCUGGAUGGGGCAAACGACCUGCAGCUCUAAGAGCACUUAGCCAGAGGCUCAGCAGGGGAUUUAAUGAAGCAGUUAAUGGAUUUGUGGAUGACGGUUGGUCUAUGGUCAGUAGUGAUGGCAUGGAAGACAUAACAGUUCUUGUCAACUCAUCUUGUAGCAAGCUGAUGGGUUUAAAUCUUAGUUUUGUGAAUGGAUGCCCCUCAACAACCAGUUCUGUGCUUUGUGCCAAGGCUACCAUGCUUUUACAGAACAUAUCUCCACCAAUGCUCCUGAGGUUUCUGCGGGAGCACCGAUCGGAGUGGGCAGACAGCAACAUAGAUGGCUACUCUGCUGCAUCUGUUAAGGCCAUACCCCACACUUUACCCAUAUCUCUCACUGGAUGCUCUGGUGGUCAGGUCAUACUACCUCUGGCUCACACACUCGAGCAUGAAGAGUUCUUGGAGGUAAUUAAGUUCGAAAGCAUUGGCCACAAUCGGGAAAUGCCUAUGCCCCGAGAUCUGUACCUGUUGCAACUCUGCAAUGGAGUGGAUGAGAAUGCUGUUGGUACCUGUUCUGAGCUUAUAUUUGCCCCAAUAGAUGCAUCUUUUGCUGAUGAUGCCCCACUGCUGCCUUCUGGUUUUCGUAUUAUUCCUCUUGACUUUAAGACGGACACUAAUAGUCCUAAUCGCACUUUGGACCUUGCUUCUGCUCUUGAGGUUGGACCAACAGGCAGCCAAGUACAUAAUGAUUAUUCUGGUAAUCGUGGAAACAUUAGAUCUGUGAUGACUAUAGCAUUUCAAUUUGCUUUUGAGAGCCACCUCCAAGAGGAUGUGGCAUCCAUGGCCCGACAAUACAUUCGUAACAUCAUAGCCUCUGUGCAAAGGCUAUCAUUAACUCUCUCACCUUCACAUCUUGGAUCUCAUGGCGGUCUCCGGAUACCACCUGGAAGUCCAGAAGCUGCAACACUUGCUUGUUGGAUUUGUCACAGCUACAGGUCUUAUUCAGGAGCUGAAUUUCUUAAACCUUCUGCAGAUAAUAGUGACUCACUUCUGAAGAUGCUUUGGCAUCACUCAGAUGCUAUCAUUUGCUGUUCUUUGAAGGCUAUGCCAGUCUUCACCUUCGCCAACCAGGCUGGUCUUGACAUGCUUGAGACAACACUAAUUGCCUUACAGGAUAUCACUCUGGAAAAGAUUUUUGUUGAUGAAGGAAGGAAGAUGAUCUGCGCAGAGCUACCUCAUGUAAUUCAACAGGGUUCCAUUUGCCUUCAAGCUGGCCUCUGCAUUUCUAGCAUGGGCAGGCCUGUUUCCUAUGAAAGAGCUGUUGCUUGGAAAGUGCUCGACAACGAAGACAAUGCCCACUGCAUAUGCUUCAUGUUUGUUAAUUGGUCCUUCGUUUAACUACCCUUUCCAAAUAAUGAAAAGAAGAUGCAGGCGCAGUUACUUCUUUGUUGUCCAUGUUGAUGUCACUGAUCCCCCGUUAAACAAACUAAGAAAGUUCUUAUUUGUAGUUACCAUAUAUCUCAAGUUUAGUUUGUCAAUCACGUCCGAAGGUCAUGUAUUAUCAAUCUUGGGCUGCAAACAACAUAUUUAAAAUGCUACGAUGUUCCGAGUGUCAAAAUGCAUGUUUGGUUUUCUAUCUGCA